CACAAGUUUGGUGUUCUGAGAACAGCAAGUAGCACCAUCCCCUUUCAGCCAUGGCUGCAGGUGCCUGGAAUGGUACCUUUUUUAUAGGCAGAUGAAUUUGUGCUGUACCUUUUCUUUCAAUGGAAUCGAUGACAAGCAGGCAGGCAACAGGACCCAGCUGAAGCUCAGCCUCUGGAUCCCUAACUCAUCACAUGCUGCUGGAAACCACCAGAGGAACACAGGGGAAAGAGGAUGAAGUCACAGUCCCGUACAUGUUCCAUCUGAUUACAGGAGCACUCAGACAAAAAUCAGAUUGAAGAAAGAUGUGUUAAAGACUUUAUUCUCUUGACAGAGCUACAAGCAGCCUGUUUCUGAAGGAUGGCGCUGAGUGACCUUCUUUACCCAGAUAACCCCAAGAGGAGGCAAGAACUGAUCCAGCUGCACCAGGAAUUGCUUGACUGUAUGUCCACAAAUUUCCAUGCCACAAAUGAGCUGGCUGGAGUGCUGAAUGAACACCUGGGCUGUACCAUUACCCACAUUCAGAUGAGAAAGAGCAGCACUGUCAAGGAAAACUGUGACAUAAUCAUCCAAGCAAUGAGUGAGAUUCAGCACCAGGUACAGAAGAUUGAUAGCGACAUGAAGGAAAAGAUAGAGCCUGUGCUGUACCAGAAGCUGUAUGACAUCAAAGAGCCUGAGCUGGAGAAAAUUGCAAUAGCCCAUAAAAUUUUUUCCAUUCUUCUUGGAGAGGCAACUUCCACUGCUGGGAUGGUAGCUAUGAAACUUCUUGGAUCCAAUCUCGUAACAUUAACUGUGAACAAGCUCAUUAGUCUCCUCGCACAGAUUGGGGCAUCUGUUCUUGGGGGAAUCAGCAUCACCAUUCUUGGGCUUGGAAUUGAAAUGAUCCUCCAUGCCAUCCUGGGAGCUAUGGAGAGGAAUCAGCUUUUGACAGCUGUGAGAAGCUACGAGGAGCACCUGGCUGAGUUUAAAGAAGCCUCAGAAAAGUAUCAGCGUGCCAUAAGUGAAGUAACUUCUUUGGUGAGACAGCAGGUUCAGUGAAGAAGUCAGAGUUCCCUCCCCUGCUGUGACACUGUCUACAGCAGCUACACCUGCAGAAACCUUUUUGAUUGAUUAUGGUAAAUGAACUACUGCUGGCUGUUUUUUUUUGGUCUUUUAGUGGCAGUAGAGCAAGAGAUGAGACACCAGAGAAUUGUCACUGAAAUAUAUGAAUAUGGAACUGGCUUGUAGGUGCUUCUGCAAAAUGAUUCUUUUGAUUCUUUGCACCUGUCCUUCAGCUGUUUUCUGGAAUGCAUCAUAGAUAACCUUGACCUGUAAUUCAUAUUAGCAACUUCAAUAUUCAUUGCUGGAGCACUAGUGGUGAGAAGGUUUUUUUUUUUUCUCCGUGUUACUGUGUCAAAGAUCACCACAUGAUGGGAGAAAACAAUUUCAACAAGCCAACUGUGAUGGUUUGGGUGUUACCCAACCCCCCUACACUUUGGAAAUCACCCAGACUAGACUCAGCCAGCUCUGGAAAUUUGAAUGAAGCUUAUAUUUACAGCUAGCACAAUAUACAAGCAGAUAUUUACAGUAUAUACAGUUAUAUACAGAAAUAUACAAGGUAAGAGGUAAUACAGAAACACAACAGCCCUCCCAGAAACCUGAGUCCCCAGAAGGGGCUCCCAAAUGCCCUUCUGCCUUCUCCCACCCCUCUCUACCUUACCCUAGAUGUUGCCUUGUGCCCAAGGAAGAUUGGAGGGUUGGCCAGGGUGGGUAGGAAGCAGGUGGAUUAAUCAGAGAGACAGCAGAUUAGGUUAGAGAGAAAAAUGCAGCCCACAGCCUGGACAGAGAGUGACUCUGAAUGUCCAUCUAUAUUUACAUUCUUGUUCUUAUACCUCUC